GCCGCCGCGGCGGCGCGGGCAGGCCGAGCACGGCCUGACUUGGCUGCGGGCUGUCUACGGAGCGGCUGGGAGGAUGGGCCUCUCCGCCGCGGCCCUGCUGUGGGGCCUCCCAGGGCUGCUCCUGACCAUCGCCCUGCAGCCGGCUCUCUCCCCGUGCCCCGCCCAGGCCUCGGUGCCCGCGCACCGGGACUACUGUGUCCUGGGUGCCGGGCCCGCGGGGCUGCAGAUGGCCUACUUCCUGCAGCGGGCCGGCAGGGACUACGCCGUGUUCGAACGCGCCCCGGGACCGGGCAGCUUCUUCACGCGCUACCCCCGGCACCGCAAGCUCAUCAGCAUCAACAAGCGGUACACAGGCAAGGCCAACGCCGAGUUCAACCUCCGCCAUGACUGGAACUCUCUGCUCAGCCACGACCCCCGGCUGCUCUUCAGACACUACUCCAACGCUUACUUCCCCGAUGCCGGCGACAUGGUGCGCUACCUGGGCGACUUCGCAGAGCGGCUGGGGCUCCACGUGCUGUACAACACAACCAUUGCCCACGUCACUUUGAACAAGGAUCAGCGGGCCUGGAAUGGCCAUUACUUCAUCCUGACCGACCACAAGGGCCAGGCAUACCAGUGUAGCGUCCUUCUCGUGGCCACUGGCUUGUCAGUCCCCAACCAGGUUGACUUCCCUGGCUCCGAAUACGUGGACGGUUAUGAGUCCGUGUCCGUGGAUCCCAAGGACUUCGUGGGUCAGAAUGUGCUGAUCCUGGGCCGGGGGAACUCGGCCUUUGAGACAGCGGAGAACAUCUUGGGUGUCACCAACUUUAUCCACAUGCUGAGCCGCUCCCGGGUCCGGCUCUCCUGGGCCACCCACUACGUCGGCGACCUCAGGGCCGUCAACAAUGGCCUGUUGGACACCUACCAACUGAAGUCCCUGGACGGGCUGCUCGAGUCUGACCUGACGGAUCUGGCCGUUCUGAAGGACCACGAGGGCAAGUUCCACGUCACCCUGAAAUUCUUCCUGGAGGAAGGCAACCGGAGUGCCGACGCCGUCCCCCUCCCCCAGGACGAUAACGACAACUUCGCCUUGCGCGUGGCCUACGACCGGGUCAUCCGCUGCCUGGGCUGGAACUUCGACUUCUCCAUUUUCAGCAGGUCCCUCCGACUCUCUGCAGGGGGUGAGCUCAGCAAGAAGUACCCCCUGGUCAAAGCCAGCUAUGAGUCCAAAGGGAGCCGGGGCCUCUUUGUCCUGGGGACCGCCAGCCACUCCGUGGAUUACCGGAAAUCUGCUGGGGGCUUCAUCCAUGGAUUCCGAUACACAGUGCGCGCCGUCCACCGGCUGCUGGAGCGGCGUCAUCACGGCGUCACCUGGCCCUCCACCGAGCACCCCAUCACACAGCUGGCCAGUGCCAUCAUCCGGCGCGUCAACGAGGCUUCCGGGCUCUACCAGAUGUUCAGCGUGCUGGCCGACGCGGUCCUGUUGAAGGAGAAUGCCACUGCUUUUGAGUACCUGGAGGAGUUCCCCAUGCAGAUGCUGGCCCAGCUGGAGACAAUCACAGGAAGAAGGGCAAGGCACGGGCUCUUCGUCAUCAAUAUGGAGUACGGCCGGAAUUUCUCUGGGCCCGACAAGGAUGUCUUCUUUUAUGACCGCUCUGUGGGGCACACGGAAGACGCCUGGCUGUCUAACUUCCUCCAUCCUGUCAUCUACUACUACAGGCACCUCCCCACCGAUUCUGGCCCACACGUCGACCUGGGCAGGCCACGCGUGGAGCGGCGUCAUCACCUCCAGGCACCACGUCGUCAGAGGGACACUGUUGUUGCUGUCUCCGAGGGAGGCUGACCGUGGAGUGGGGAGCGGGGAUCUGGGGACUGACUCUUAGAAGGAACAGGAAAGGGAAGGGGAACUGGUUAGCGCAGGAGGGGAGCAGGAGAGCUGGGCAGUGUUCCCAGGGCCGUCCUUUCCUCGCUGUGUGACCUUGGACCAUUACUUAGCCCCGCUGAGCCUCAGCUUGCUCGGGUGUGAAAUGGGGGUGGCCACGGUACCCUGCUUGUAGGAUGAGGGUUAAUGAGAUGAUACAGCACAACGCCAGCAUGGUGCCCGGCACGGAGUAGCCACCGAAUGAUGCCCGACCUGGGGAACACGACUCCUGCUUCCAAACUUGAAGGGAUGUCCCCUGGAAGAGGAUGAUCUAAAACUAGAGGUCGUUCCGAAGGGCGGAGGUAGUGUCAACAGGUAGACGUGACAGGAGCGCAGGUUGACAUUCCCUCUAAAGGAGCAGCGCAUCCUGAAAGCUGCCGAGGCGGGGAUGGGCCACCUCCCAGAGUUUCCCGAUGCAGGGAUGGUCACGGCUUGGUGCCCUGUGGCAGGGACACGCAGAAGGGCACCCACCAGGUAGGCGACUGCACUAGAGGGACCCUAAGACCCCUCGGAUGCAGGACCCCGGGUCUCCUCACAGAAAGGCCAGUUUCAAAGCAGCCACAAUACACCUCAGCUCACGUAAGUCUUAGAAGCAAGCCAAGUUCAAGUGACUGGUCUUAGUUCUGCCCGCCGACAGUGCAGGGGAGGAGUCUAGUCUAGUCCGUCUCCCUCACGUCCGCCUUCCAGACAUUUGGAAGGACAGCUGAACAGGCUGACCAUGGCCCAUGCAGGGGCGCAUCAGGAAGGCUGAGCGCGAGGGGCUGGGGGGCAGGCAGCUGGGAUGUGGCCCUGGGAAUGGAAGCCCCGCGCUCGGCUCCGACGCGGCGCCCUUUCUC